AUGAAAGGAGUUAUUAAAGCUCCAACAGAUCCAAAGAUAUUCUGCAAUGAGUAUUGGGUUCGUUUUCAGUAUAUGAAUGGCUUAAAGAUUAAAGGACAUGGAACAUUUGAUGGACAAGGGGCAUGUGCUUGGGGAAAGCAUCAAUGUGCAACCCCCCUUCCCUUUACAGUUGGAUUCUAUUUUAUCAAGAAUUUGAUUGUGCAUGACAUACAUUCAAACAAUAGCAAGGGUGUACACAUCAACGUCUUCAAUUGCACUAAUGGGUUUUUUAGGCAUGUUAAAAUAACGGCACCAGAUGACAGCCCUAACACUGACGGUAUUCGUAUAGGCUACUCAAACAACAUCCAUAUCGUGGAUUCAAACAUUGGUACCGGAGAUGAUUGUAUAUCUAUGGUAGCAGGCAGUCAAAGCAUCAACAUUUCAGGAGUCACUUGUGGCCCUGGCCAUGGAAUAAGUAUAGGUAGCUUAGGCAAACUAUCUAAAAAUGAUGUUGUGAAGGAUAUACACAUCAAAAAUUGCACUUUCAUCAAUACUCAAAAUGGUGUGAGAAUUAAGACUUGGGCAUCAUCAAUGACCGGUAUGGCUACAAAUAUAACAUUUGAGGAUAUUAUCAUGAUAAAAGCAUCAAAUCCUAUAUUAAUUGAUCAACAAUAUUGUCCAACGGGUAAUUGUAAAAAACAGGGAAGCUCAGUGCAAGUGAAGGAGGUGACAUACAAAAACAUAAGGGGAUCUUCAAGUUCAAAAGUAGCAGUUAUAUUUGAUUGUAGUGAUUCACAUCCUUGUAAUGGAAUCAUAGUUAAAGAUAUCAAUUUGGUAUAUAAUGAGCGUGAUGGUCCUGCAACGUCAUCAGCGUGUGAAAACGCCAUAGGAAAAGCUACGGGUAUCGAAUUGCCUCCAAGUUGUUUAAAAAAGUCAUAA